AUGCUUGCGCUUCUCACCGUGCUGUGUGCCUGGCUCGUCCAGUAUGUCGUGGGCCAGUCGGAUGACUGUCAGGCGGUGACUCAGCACCUGAGCGAUCCGCCGUAUGAGAACUACUUCUACAGCGACUGUAAUGUCGAUGCUCAGGCGGUGGUGACGAGUCCACUAGCCGACUCGAAUCUAACCAUCAUCGGACCUAGGUUGAUCGUUGCCUGGCCUGCUGGUAACAGUGGCAUCGCUACAUUCUUCCAGCCUCAGAAUGGUCCCAACGGUACUCUGGCCAUUGCGCUCGUCAACUCCACGUAUGGCAGCCCACUCGGGCCCGUUCACGUCGAGGAUGAGAACUCGGACUACCCUUAUGUUGGCGUACAAGGCGUCAUCUCCUUCAACAGCUCGGCCAGCUUGACCGUCCCAAUCCUAGGCAGCGUCCGGACCAUUCGUGACUUCACCGAGGGGCCCAGCCUGCUGUACCCUGAGAUCCAAGGAGCCAUUAAUGUGACACAGUACAACGAUACCGGCGCCAUGAUCUCACGGCUCUGGCUGGAUAACACCACCAUUUCCAAUUUCACCCUGAUGCCAUACGAGAGCGAGAACUCCACCAUCUCCAUCGACAACCGUACCCUCAGUUUCGGCGCGGGUUUCUACGUCUUCUCCGCCUCCUUCAAUUAUCCGCAACUACAGCAGCUGACCCCGGAAGAGGUGUUGAACAACGAUUCGCAAGUGCUUAUCACUCAGCAAGCCGAGCAGACCACCUCCCUCUCCUUCCUCUCCUACACCGAGAAGCUCGUGGCCGGAGCAUGGCGUUUCCUCACUUACUUUGGUCGAGAUAGCAUGAUCGCGGCCCUCCUCCUCGAGCCGGUAUUGUCUACUGGCAACGGCUCUGCCACCGAAGCCGUCAUCGGAGCCGUACUCGAGCGCAUCAACCGCACCGACGGCAGCGUCUGCCACGAGGAAACCCUGGGAGACUACGCGACCUGGCUCAACCUCCAAGACAACGUCACGUCCACGGACGCCGUCUUUGUCUACCCCAUGAUCGACACCGACUUUUACCUGCCCAUCAUCAUGUCCCGCUACUUCAGCCGCUUCCCCUCGCGCAUCCAACCCCUCCUCUUCCGCGCCGCCGGCACCAUCAACAUCGCCAACCAAAACCUCACCUACGGCAACCUUACGGCCAUCAACGCCCAAAAGAUCUACAACAUCACCUCCGCCUUCGCAGACGACCCCACCAUCGACAACCUCAUCCACCUCAAACCCGACGAACUCGUCGGCCAAUGGCGCGACAGCACCUACGGCCUCGGCGGCGGCCGCAUCCCCUUCGACGUCAACACCGCCCUUGUGCCUGCAGCCCUGCGCGCCCUCGCCCAACUCGCCCGCGUCGAAGGCGUCUUCCCCGCCGGCAGCUUCAGCGCCGCGGACCUCAACGCCCGCGCCCAAGUCUGGGAGGACUCGACCCUGCAAUUCUUCCAGUUCAGCAUCCCCGCCGACGAGGCGCGCGACCGUCUCGACACCUUCGUCAGCAGCGUCGACUACUACUCCGGCCCCACGCACGCCGACACCCUGCCCCCCUCGGGCGAGAACCUGACGAGCUACGCCCUCGCCCUUGACUCCAGCUACAACAACUUGAGCAGCAUUCCCGUCCUGCACAGCGACACGUCCUUCCGCCUCUUCUUCGUCAACGGCACCAACCAAACGCAACUGACCACCUUCCUCAACGCCACCGCCAGCGACAUCAACCGCCCCUUCCCCGCGGGGCUAAGCACGGGUGUCGGCAUGGUCGUCGCCAACCCGGCUUUGUCGGGCAGUGACGUCCUCACGGCGAAUUUUACGAAUAGCGCGUAUCAUGGCACGGUGGUGUGGUCGUGGACCUUGGCCAUGAUGGCUGAGGGGUUGAAUCGGCAGUUGGCGAGGUGUGAUAAUGAUAGCUCCAGUGAGGAGGGGGGCGGGGAGGCGCUGGAAUGGUGCGGCGACCAGCAGGUGUAUGGGAAUGUGAGGCGGGCGUACAAUACGCUGUGGGAUGGCAUUGAGGCGAAUGAAGCGCAGUUGCAGAGUGAGGUGUGGAGUUGGACGUAUAGUAAUGCUACGGCGGGUGCGGGGAAUGGGACGAGCGGUGGUGGCAGCAAUGGGACGAUGGGCGGAUAUCAGGUCACGCCGUUGGGAGCGCUGCCGCCGCCGCCGGGCGUGAGUGGUGGCACGGAGAGUAAUGUGCGGCAGUUGUGGAGUCUGACGUUUUUGGCGGUGACGAGGAAUGAGGAAUAUCGGUGA